GGGCUCGCGGCUGCCGGCCCCGAGGGGUCCCCGUGUCCCCGGCCCGGGACAGGCGGCGAGCGGCCGGUGCAGCAUCUUCACCCUGGGCAGCGGGCGAACGGGCGGGAGGGAGCAGGUGACAGAUCCAGCCACCGGCUGUCCUGGGGGAGAGCCACCCCCUCGGCCUGGGAAGGGGAGCCCGGGGGGGUUGUCUCGUCCCUACGUGCAGGGAGGGUGCCGGGGGAUCCAUCCAGGCUCCUGCCGGUGGUGUCCGGGGAUGGGCUCAGCCUGACACGCGGGAGGUGAACCCCGGGAAACACCUCUGAACCCCAGGAAACACAUAUUCACUAUGGGGGGGAGGCUCCCCAGGGAUCCUGCAGCGUAUUCCCGUCCUUUGGGAUAUCCAAAAGCCGUCCUGGAGACACCCUGCUGUCGGUGCUCCAGCCUGGGUCUCUUCCACCUCAACCACGCUGUGAUUCUGCACUGAGUUUAUUUAGGGCAAAGAACGUACUGCUGUGUGAUUUUUUGCGGUGGCAUUAAGUGUUUGUGCUGUGCUGCACUGAGGUGCUCAGGCCCGAGUGGUUGCAGAGUCCUUGGGCUCAGGGUGUGGGCUGGCACGCUGGACCAGCCUCCCCUUGCCUCUCCCAGUUCACUGCUCCCUCUGUUCCAGUUGCCACGGCUGAACACAGCCUGUCUGAGAGGGCACCGGGCUGAUACGAGUGUGGUAGAGCCCAGGCAGUGGUGGGAGCAAUUCUUUCACAGCCGUGACUUGUAUCAGCAAGUGAUGGAAGAGAAGCAGAAGAGCAGUUGCAGGAUAAGCAGCCCCUGGAAAUGUGUAUUUGGGCAGUGGUGGCUGUGGUUUCUGCUCUGACCUGGAAUGCUGAGUCCUAGUGCUGCCCAUUGCUGCCUGGCAAAGUUCUUAUCUCAGUCUUCCAGUGUGGAUGUGACUCACUCUCUGCAGCUCUGGAACACAUUAUCUAGAUGAUGUCUGAGAGGUUUUAUGGUGUUACCUUGCUCUGCACCCUCUGAGCUUCCUGGGGCAGCUGCAUGGUGCUGCUGAGACUUUCCCAAAGGAAUGGGUGGUUGUGGUGGCCCCACACAGCCUGUCUGGGGUGGCCCAUGUAAAUCCACAGGGGCUCUGUGGACCACAAAGGUGGUCGUGGCUUUAUGGUGAUGUCAGCCCUGGGGGAAGCUGGAAUCUCACCUCUGGUGGUGGCACUAAGGAAUGGCUCCAGGAUAAAUUGUGUUUGAUUUUUAACUCUGUGCCCACCUUGGGUCUUAGUCCUUGUGUGCAGCUGCAGCAUUCCUGGGAUGGGAGCCAGCCCGUGGUGUAGGGGCUGAGUCAACUGCUGUUGUCAGUAUUGCUGCCCUGGGCAUUCAGAUACUGUGAGUCAGGUUCAAACCCCACGACUGUAAAAAUAGUACAGUGUGGGUUCUGUGUCCUCUGGUAUAAAAGCCUUCAGGGCUUACAUGUUUAAAAGGUUCUGGUUUUGGGUUUUUUUUUUGUUUUUCUUUUAGCAUGGGUAAAAACUUACUUUAGAAAAAGAUUGUAAGUUGAAAGAUCCAGAUAUAUCUUUCUCAUCAGUACAAAAGACUUCGACCUCAUGGCAGAGGUCAGACUUAAUAUCUUUUUACAGUGUAAUUAGGAUUAGCAUCAUGCUUUCUGUGUCCAGGGGCUGUGCUCUACGUGGCCAUGGAUCUAAUGAGGCAGAACUGUUCCUCAGUGUGAGAUGCAGCAGCAUGGAACGAGUUAAUACCUCGUGGUUAGAGUUGCUUUGUAUCAAGAUGGAAAUGACUAAGCACACUGCAUUCCUGAAGUGUUACUUAUUUUGAUAUAAAAUCUGCUGCUUUGGUACUGCCCAUGUCUGUCAGGCAUCAGCAUGGCAGAGUUGCUCAGAGGAGCUUCAUGUUUGUUCUGGAGCUGAACAGAAUGGGAGCAGCUGGGAGCUCUGGAAGGGGUCCCUGCGGUGCUGGAAGUGCCCUCAUCCCUCCAGGAACGAGCUGGCAGCUUCCCUAGACUGCAGAAGAACAGAAACUGUCUUUUAUUUGGCUACUAACACAGCAGGCUUGGUGACAAGCAGGUCUCUUGGGUGGUUUGGGACUGCACAGCUCUCAUAAAAGGAAAUUGCUUCAGAGCUGCACAGACUCGCCGAGUCGGUGAUUUGUGUGUUCCUGUGCCUUUUGUGGAGCAGGACAAGGUCGUGCGAGGAGGCAGCGCUGACGCCCGGGGGCUCUCCCACACCGCUGGGUGUGAGCAGGACACUGCAGGACCUGGCCAAGGCUGGAGAUGGGGUGUUUGUGAGCACAGUGGCACCUGCCAUGCACCCAACGAGCUCUGUGGACGGCACCUUCUCCCGCUCGGCCGUGCAGACCCUCUCCCGCAGCCACUGCCGCAACAUCAAGCAGAAGAUCUCCCAGUGGGAGGGGAGGACACGGGGCUGCCCCGGCAAGGAGAGGCAGCAGCCAAAGGACUUUGGGGUGAAGUAUGAUCCCAGCUGCAAUGCUGUAUCCAACGUGAAGCCAGAGCACACAGAGAAGGGCAGGUCCAAAGAUCCAAAGAGCCUGGGGUUGGACUUCAGGGAAGGUGCACGGACCUGCUUGCAGACUGGUGGCUGUGAUGGCCCAGCUUCCCAAGCCAAGGGGAAAGGACAGGGGCAAACAGGCUUCCUGGACCCAGGGGUGACACUGCCCCCAGGGAACUUCUAUACCUCACAAGCUCUGUGGAGGAGAGCAGAUCCCCCUCUGCCUGGCAAAGCCCCUCCUGUUCCCCUGGACCUUCAGAGGAAGCGAGGGGGCUCCGGCUCCACGGAAAAAGAACUGAAAAUCAAAGGAGUGGACUCUCUCUGCGGGGCAGAGAGGAGCUUGAAAAACAUUUACUCUGAGGUUGAGGGGCAAGAGGAGGAGCCAGCUCCUGUCCCACCACCCAAACCCUGUAGGACUUUCCGCUACCUGGCAGAAAAGGGUGCUGGUGGUUGUAGAGAUUCCAGUGCUACCAGGGAAGUUCCCCUGCAAAAGCAGUGUGGAAGGGACCUGGUGUCAUCCUCCAACAAUCCUGAGAAGAGAACGGACAGCAGGAGGAUCAGAGGGAGAGCCCAGAGGAAAUCCUUUGAGUUUGAGGACAUCCAGGGCUUCCGCAGCCGGAGGGCAGCCACCAGCUCCCACAGACCUCGGGAGGAGACAAAUGGCACCACAGGAUCCAGGCUGGUCUACGCACAGUCAGAGGACAACAUCUACGAGGACAUCAUCUGUCCUGCAAAAGAGAACCCUUAUGAAGAUAUUGGAGCACUGCCCUUACCCCUCUGGAAGGUCCCAUCUGUCUGGAAGCUGCCCCCUCCCCGGAGCAUCAGCAGGGCUCCCAAGCCUCCCCCAAAACCUGCCUUCCUCAGCCGCAAGUCUCUUGAGCUGAAGCCCUCCCAGCCAAGUUUCCAAGGGAGGGUGGUGAAGGACACCUCUCUGCCCGUCACCCUGUCUGAGUGGAAGCUGUUCCGAGCAGUGGAGGCUGCCAGCAGGAGAAAGAACUUGCCCUGGCUGGUACUGAAAAUCCAGGAGAUCUUUGAUUCCAAGCGUGGAAAGAAGAAGGUGAAGCUGCUCAGUCCUGCUGGGAGAGAAGCACCUCCAGUGAAAGGUGAAACCAGUGGGAAUGAAAGCGAUACGGAAAAUCAGCCAAAAAGUCACCACAGGUGCCCACGGCAGGUCCAGGCAGCCUCCAAGAGGAACCCGCACUACCAGACCUUGGAGAGGGAUCUCAUAGAGCUGCAGGAGCAGCGGCUGUUUGAGCUCUUUGUGGUGGUGUCCCUGCUCAGGAAGCCAUCUGAGGUGACCUACACACCACAGAUCAUCCAGCAGUUCCCCAGCAAGCCUGAACAUCCCUUCAGACAGUCAAAGGAUACUGAAGAGAGGCUAAAGGUCAUUCCCAGAUUCUGCUUUCCAGAUCCCAAAGACUGGUUUCCUGCAUCAGACCUUAAAAGUGAAACGUUCUCCUUCGUGCUGACGGGUGAGGACGGCAGCCGCUGGUUUGGGUACUGCAAGAAGCUCCUGCCAGAAGGGAAGGGGAAGCGCCUGCCCGAGGUUUAUUGCAUCGUGAGCCGCCUGGGCUGCUUCAACCUCUUCUCCAAGAUUUUGGAUGAAGUGGAGAAGAGGAGAGAGAUGUCCCCAGCCCUGGUGCACCCGUUCAUGCGCAGCGUGAUGGAGGCUCCGUUCCCUGCCCCGGGACGCACCAUCACCGUCAGGAGCUUCCUGCCUGGAGCAGGGGAUGAGGUGAUGGAGCUCUGCCGCCCCUUGGACUCUCGGCUCGAACACGUUGACUUCGAGUGCCUCUUCCAGUGUCUCAGUGUCCCCCACACCAUUCGGGUCUUUGCCUCUCUCCUGCUGGAAAGGAGGGUCAUCUUUGUGGCUGACAACUUAAGCACUCUGUCUAAGUGUGGCCACGCUGCUGUUGCAACACUUUACCCCUUCACCUGGCAGCACACCUACAUCCCAGUCCUGCCAGCCUCUAUGAUCGAUAUCGUGUGCUCUCCGACCCCAUUCCUUAUUGGCAUUCUCUCCUGCUCCUUACCACAGCUCCAGGACCUGCCCAUAGAAGAGGUUCUCAUUGUUGAUCUUUGUGCCGACAAGUUCUUGCAAGAGGUAUCAGAUGAGGAUGAGAUCCUGCCUCAUAAACUCCAGGCUGCACUUGUACAAGUCUUGGAAGAACGAAGUGAAAUCCUGUCACAUGGGCAGAGUGACACACAAGGGGACAUGACUCUGAACUCGCUGGUCUCUGAGGCUUUUGUGCAGUUCUUUGUGGAGAUUGUUGGGCACUACUCCCUGCACAUGAACGUCACGGAGAAGGGGGAGCGGGUGUUCCAGCGGGAGCCCUUCCGCAAAUCCCACGUGUCCCGCAACGUGCGCCACUUCCUGCACUUCUUCAUGGAAACACAGAUGUUUGCAGGGUUCAUCCAGGACCGGGAGCUGAGCAAGAACGUGGUCAAAGGCCUUUUUGAGGUCCGUGCCUUGGAGUAUUUGGAGAGUAUUCCAGAGACGGAACGAACUGGAAUGAACAAAAUCCUUCGCAGCCUUGGCAACAAGAUGAAAUUUCUCCAGAAGAAGUGACCGGGCGCUGCUGCGGGACAGCGGCGGGACCGGGGCGGGGGAGCCGCCGGGCCCUGCCCGGGGCCGGGCUCCCUGUGCGGGGCGGGGGCUCCGUGUGUGUGUGUUUGUGCAGGGUUAACAAUCAUCUCAUGGAUCGAGAUCCAACUGACGGAUCGAGAUCCAGCGCGUGGAUCAAUAACCAGCUCACGGAUCCAAA